AUGUUACGUCAGCAUCAAUUUCACUUUGGUGUUGACAUUAAUUAUAAAAAACUUAUAAUGAAUAAAAUCAUAGCCAUUGCAGCGCCUCUCAUUUUGUCAGUUCUUCUUCACAUAUACAUUUUAAACCAAGAAUUAAUUCCAGAAGCCUAUUAUAACAUUGAAGAUUUGAUAACAUCUAAGGGCUAUAAUUUCACAUAUCACUAUGUAAUUACUGAUGAUGGGUAUAUACUAAAAGCAUUUCGUAUAUUUAAAAGCUCUCCAAACGGAAAACCAAUUCUUUUCAUGCAUGGAUUAGCUGGUAAUGCUGAUUGCUUUUUAAUAAAUAUCAACUCAAAAGCGCCUGCGUUUCGACUGGUAGAUGAAGGUUUUGAUGUUUGGGUACUUAAUAGUAGAGGAAAUAAUUAUAGUAGAAAUCAUACAAUUUAUGAUGUCGAAUCAAAGGAAUUUUGGGCAUAUACAGCUUCUGAUAUCACAUUUUAUGACAUUCCAACUUAUAUAAAAUAUAUCAAAGGUAUAACUGGAUAUGAUAAGCUUUCUUAUAUAGGCCAUUCGCAUGGAGCAUCCCUUAUGAUUGCUUAUCUUGCUCUGAAUUCCGAUUUUUCAGAGGAUAUAUCUGUGGUCAUAUCAAUAGCUGGAAAUGGUCCUCAAGUUAAUCUAAGGUCGUAUAUGGUUAAACUAGCUUUAUCUAAUUUUUUUUUGGACUUUGCAGAUUGAAUUGGAAUUAAAGUGGUUAUGGAUUCUCCGUCAUAUUGGGUUGCUAAGCUUAUUCAAGUAUUUCCUAUGGGCGCUUAUUAUCUUAGUAGAGAUAUUUAUGAUUACACAAUUCAUAAAGACAAGCCUGAAGGAAUAGCUUAUUAUGCCUUAAAAUUUCAAGGUGGGGUGGGCAUAAAUUCUCUAAGAUAUUGCAAAUCGCUUAUAGAGAGCCAUGGGUUGAUCCAGCUAUACGAUCAUGGGCCAAUUAAGAAUAUGGAAUUAUAUGGAAGUAUUGAGCCUCCUAUAGCAGAUUACUCUAAAGUCAAAAGUAAAAUUGCAAUUAUUGGAGGAAAGUAUGACAAGUUAAUACAUCCUGAUGAUACUUUUUCUCUAUAUAAAUCUUUGCCCAAAGAAAUUGUUAUUCACUAUAAAAUUUAUGAGCAUGACCAUGGAACUUUUUUGUUAUCCAAAAAUAUGGACUAUCUAGAAGAUGUUAUUAGGAUUCUUAACUCAAAUAAAUAA